AAAUGUGCAGUUUUCUUUCACUUUAGUCUCUUCGGCUGUAGUCUUGAAGAGUUGUAGUAUGUCUGGACGUGGUAAGCAGGGCGGCAAAGCUCGCGCCAAGGCCAAGACCCGCUCUUCGCGGGCCGGGCUCCAAUUCCCCGUGGGCCGAGUGCACCGGUUGCUCCGCAAAGGCAACUACGCCGAGCGGGUCGGGGCCGGGGCCCCGGUGUACCUGGCGGCGGUACUGGAAUACCUGACAGCCGAGAUCCUGGAGCUGGCGGGCAACGCGGCCCGGGACAACAAGAAGACGCGCAUCAUCCCGCGUCACCUGCAGCUGGCCAUCCGCAACGACGAGGAGCUCAACAAGCUGCUGGGCAAAGUCACCAUCGCUCAGGGUGGUGUCCUGCCCAACAUCCAGGCGGUGCUGCUGCCCAAGAAGACCGAGAGCCACCACAAGGCCAAGGGCAAGAGACUUCUCCACCGGCGCCGGGGCUGCCGUCUCAGCAGGAGCGGUUUCCGACAUGGCGAAGGGAGAACCUGCUAGAAGGAGAGAGACUCAAAUUCCAAAGAGCAAGUUUUGCAAUGCCGUCUUGCUCCGGCCCGGGCUUAUAUAAGUCGGUGCUGCCCUGUGAUUGGUGGAGCGUCCGAUCCACCGCCCUCAGGCAGCCGCUUGUCGUGGUUGGACUCCCAAACUGUGUUUGUUAGUCCCCAAAAUUUGAUUAAAUGUUAAAAACAGUGGUA